CCGGCAGCAGAGCAGAGUGAACCCUCUUCUCUCAGAGUGGAUCUUUGAACCCUCUUCCUCAGCAGAAUGGCGGGCAGCGCGUGGAGGUCAAUGCUGUCCCAGGCGGUCCGGAGACCUGCUCUGUCUGCAGCUUCCUUCUCCAGAGGGAUGCAGACCGUCACUCUGAUUCCUGGCGACGGCAUCGGACCAGAGAUCUCCUCUGCUGUCAUGAAGAUCUUUGAAGCUGCUAAAGCUCCCAUCAGGUGGGAGGAGAGGAACGUGACGGCCAUAAAGGGACCAGGCGGCCGGUGGAUGAUCCCUCCUGACGCUAAAGAGUCCAUGGACCGGAGCAAGAUCGGACUGAAGGGACCUCUGAAGACGCCCAUCGCCGCGGGUCACCCCUCCAUGAACCUGCUGCUGAGGAAGACCUUCGACCUUUACGCCAACGUGCGACCCUGCGUCUCCAUCGAGGGCUACAAGACGCCGUACACCGACGUGGACCUGGUCACCAUCAGAGAGAACACGGAGGGCGAGUACAGCGGCAUCGAACACGUGAUCGUCGACGGCGUCGUUCAGAGCAUCAAACUGAUCACCGAGAACGCCAGCAGACGCAUCGCUGAGUACGCCUUCGAAUACGCCAGAAACAACCAGAGAAACAGCGUGACGGCCGUCCACAAAGCCAACAUCAUGCGAAUGUCAGACGGUUUGUUUCUGAGAAAAUGUCGUGAGGUGGCCGAGAACUACAAAGACAUCAAGUUCACUGAGAUGUACCUCGACACCGUCUGUCUCAACAUGGUUCAGGAUCCGACUCAGUUUGAUGUUCUGGUGAUGCCCAACCUGUACGGAGACAUCCUCAGUGAUCUGUGCGCCGGUCUGAUCGGAGGACUCGGCGUCACUCCCAGCGGGAACAUCGGAGCGAACGGAGUCGCCAUCUUUGAAUCGGUUCACGGCACCGCCCCCGACAUCGCCGGCAUGGACAUGGCGAACCCCACCGCCCUGCUGCUGAGCGCCGUCAUGAUGCUGCGUCACAUGGGUCUCCAUGACUGCGGCCAGAAGAUCCAGACGGCCUGUUUCGACACCAUCAGAGAAAAGAAGGUACUGACGAAGGACCUGGGAGGAAACUCCAAGUGUUCAGAGUUUACAGCUGAGAUCUGCCGUCGUAUUCAGGAUCUGGACUGAAGCUGCGGAGACGCAGCAGCUGCCGCAGGAGCCCGAGUCUCCGCCCACUAAGCCCCGCCCCGCCCCCCACCGCCACAGAGCCACACCCCCUCCACUGCCUGCUUUGAUCUCUCUGAGCUUCACUUCCUGCUUCUCUCUCAGCUGUAUUUACGUUUUUAGAAAACAUCACCCUGUGAUGACAUCAUCGUCGUGGUGACGGGAGGGGGCGGGGCUUCUGCAGCAGCUAUGUGUGUAAUAAACCUAACGAAACAUUCACAGCAAACAUACGCACAAAUGUCACAUGACCAAGUUGUAAUGAAAUCAUUUCAUUUUCUUACUGAAAGUAUCAUAUUACCGUAAUAUUGAUAAUAUCAGCACUCCGCCUGUGUUGUCUGAACUUUGGAUAUUUGCUUUUUUUUAACGGUAAACCAGUGUCACCGUUUGAAAUGUCCUCUUAUUUAUUGUUUCUACUUCCUGCUGCUCACUUGAGUUUCUGAGAUCCACAAACAGAAAUCUAUAAAUGUCUGUAAAGGGAGAUGGACCACGUCUGUUCCUACAUUUACAUCUUAACUGCUUCAAAACAUUCACAUCCAGUAAAAAAGGGCUUUCUGAAGAGAUUAAAGUGGAGUUUUUAAAGCUCGUCAUGUGAUGAAUAUGAUGUUUCCUUCUGUGAAAAUAAAUCUAUUAAUUAUCA